AUGUCCUGCGGCCACGUCCUGCGGUCCCGCCUCCGAGAAUGCGGCGCGGGCGCCCAGUGCAAAGGCGAGCGAUGGCAGCCGGCCUUCAUCAAUGACAGCUGCGCGGCGUGCCACCGACCUCUCAACUACGACCAGAACCGCGUGCUCCACGAGGCAGAGCACGCCAUCUUCAUGACCGGCUACAGACGCGCCAAGGCCUGUGGGGACGAGGAAGGUAUGCGCCGUCUCCGGCGCGCCAUGCUCGAGCACACACGCUCGUCGCGGCAGAAGAACUUUGCGACGAGUCUGGUGAGGGAGGAAAGGUACGGUGACGUACUAUGGCCGGGAGCAGGUGGGGGAGGCGGUGCUCACUCCUCAGAUAACGAGGAGAACGGGCCGUAA